AUGGACAAAGACCCUAACAGUCGGAUCUCCAUGGACGACAUCAAGCAGCACCCCUGGUUGAGCGAGGACCUGAGUGGGAAUGCGAUUGAGGUGUCGAGUGAGGAGCACACUGGUGUUCCUGUGUCGAUGGAGGUGUCGAUGACUAACCGGAGGUUGUCUGGAUGUCUGGUCUCAGAGAGGGGCGGGGCUGCUCUGGCCUCAGCUCUGAGCUCCGCCCCCUCCCACCUCAGAGAGUUAGACCUGAGCUACAACCAUCCAGGACCCUCAGCACAGCUCCUGACCACUCUACAGGACCAGCGCCUCCUGCUGUCUGUCAGGUUGGAUCCUGCGGGAGAACAGUGGAUGAUUCCAGGACUAAAGAAGUAUUCCUGUGUGUUCUCUCUGGACCCAAACACAGCUCACAGAGAACUUGCUCUGUCUGAGGACAAUUGCACAGUGACCCGUCUGAAAGAGGAGCAGCUCUGUCCACAUCAUGAGGACAGAUUUAAAGACCAGCCACAGGUCCUGAGCUCCACUGGCCUGAGGGGGCGCUGUUACUGGGAGGUGGAGUGGAGUGGAUCAGUGGACAUAGCAGUGACUAACAGAACAGGAGAGAGUACAGAGUGUAGGUUUGGAGACAGUGAUCAGUCCUGGAGUUUGAGGGUUCUUGGCGGAACUUUGCAAGUUUGUCAGAAUGGGAGAAAAACAUCACUGUCGCCACAGUGGUUCUUGCCUUUUGUCCCAGUACAAGGUCAAGUGAUAGAUUUUAAAGUUCUUUUAUUGGUUUAUAAAGCUCUUAAUGGUCUUAGUCCUAUUUAUUUAUCUGAUCUGCUUUUAUCAUAUGAGCCUCUCGGACUCUCAGGUCCUCAGGUAGUCUCCUUUUAGCUGUCCCAAGAGUUCAAACUAAAACUCACAGUGAGGCAUCUUUUAGCUUUUACGGCCCCCGUCUGUGGAACAGUCGACCUGAGGAUCUGAGGUCCGCUGCGAGUGUUCAUAUUUUUAAAAGUAAACUUAAAACAUAUCUUUUU